AUGAUCCGACUGUCUUGCGCUUCUCAGAACUACGAAUGGGGCAAGCCCGGUGAGACCAGCAUCGUCGGACGAAUGUGUUCCAUGCAAGGUUCCGAGCCGAUUAACCAGUCUAAACCAUACGCGGAAUUAUGGAUGGGAACUCACGAAAAAGGCGCCUCGAAAAUUUUUGGCACCGACCAACUGCUGUCCGUUUGGCUAAGAAAGAAUCCGCACGUUCUCGGCGACAAAAUGCAGAACCUCGUGAAGGAGCCAGAUUCAGAAGUCCAGCUACCGUUCCUCUUCAAAGUUCUGUCCGUCAACAAAGCGUUGUCGAUUCAGGCACACCCAGAUAAGGCUGAAGCUUGUCGUCUUCACGAGCGAGACCCGAAAAACUAUCCAGACCCUAACCAUAAACCAGAAAUGGCUAUUGCGUUGACGUCGUUCGAAAUGUUAUGCAACGUCAAAGAGCUGCGGAGUGUGAUCGGCGAUGAAUGCUAUGAAAAGUUCAGCAGGGUUGCUAGCAGCAAGAACGUGAAUGAUGAAGAGCUGAAAAAUGCUUUGCGAGCCUGUUUCACAGCUUUGAUGAAUCGUCCAAGUGAUUGCCUGCAAACCGCAUUGCAGUCUCUAGUCAACCGGAUACGUGACGACAGUGUUGUAAACGUUGGUGUUGUUGAUGCUAAGCUUAUCUUGCGGCUGUCCCGAUGUUUUCCGGGGGACGUCGGCUGCUUCGCGCCGUUUUUUUUAAACCAUUUUUAUCUGGAACCUGGCGAGGCCGUGUUUCUCGGACCUAACGAACCGCAUGCAUACCUUUUCGACUGUAUCGAAUGCAUGGCGUGCUCUGACAACACCAUACGAGCGGGACUCACGCCGAAGUAUAAGGACGUCGAUACGUUGUGCCGAGUUUUGUCAUACAGAUGUGUUAGCCCGGAACUAUUAAAAGUUGCUGCUAAGUCAUCCGUCGCACAGGAUCGCUGUGUAACCAUCUACAGUCCCCCGAUUUCGGAGUUCGCCGCUCAUCGGAUAACAGUAAGAAAUUUGCUGGUUAUUCGGUUUCUGAUUUUAUCCUUUUAA